UGAGAGCAUGCAGUCAAACAGCAGUGUUGCUGAGCGCUGCUUUCAAACUUCAGCCUUCCUUUCAGCGUGGCUCACAUGUGGACCGAUCCACUUCGCUACCAGACAACAUGACCACGGAAAGAAUCCUUUGGUGAGAACAUUGUGAAUCGUUGUGGUAUCUGGGGCACCCCUGCCCUCCAAAUGAAACCGAGACCGCUCUGCUGCCGCUUCGAGCAUCUGGGAGCCGUCUAGAUUCUCUGCAGUGACUCACACAUGAACGCAAGCAUGCAUUGCGAUGGGCUGUGUCCCAACGUCACGUGCAACGAGAGCCUCACGGUCAAGGGCGACGGCAAACCGGCGAUAAGCAGUCUCAUGUUCUUCGCUGGCGUGGUGGGGAAUCUCCUGGCGCUCUUCAUCCUGGGCGUGCACCGCAAAGAGCACCGCUCCACCUCGUCCGUCUUCUCCAUCCUGGUGACGGGCCUCGCCCUCACAGACUUGCUGGGCACAUGUCUCCUCAGCCCGCCCGUGUUCAUCUGUUAUGCCCGCAACAUGUCCCUCAUCAGCCUGGGCAACGAGAGACUGUGCCAGCUCUUUGGCUUCGCCAUGAGCUUCUUCGGCCUGGCGCCCACCCUCAUCCUCUGCGCCAUGGCCGUGGAGCGCUGCCUGGCCAUCAGCCACCCGUACUUUUACUCCAUGCACAUUCGUGGAAGCUUCGCUAAGGUGACGCUCAUCGCCAUUUACCUCUUUUCCCUGGCUUUCUGCCUACUGCCGUUGGGUGGCAUGGGCAAGUUCAGGCAGUACUGCCCGGGGACGUGGUGCUUCAUCGACAUGGACGCCACGGGGGAUGCCAACGCCGAGCGGGUUCUGGCCUUCUCGCUGACGUACUCCUCGCUCAUGGCGCUAACCAUCCUGGCCGUGUUCGCCUGCAACGGCUCGGUGAUCGCCAGCCUCUGCCAGAUGCACCGCAGCCAGAUGAUGCGACGAGGCUCAGCCGGCUCCGUGGGCAGGAGGAGGAAGCUGAGCAUGGCCUUGUUCGGACGCGGCGAGGAGGAGCUGGAACACCUGGUGCUACUGGCGCUCAUCACUGUCAUCUUCGCCAUCUGCUCGCUGCCACUCACAAUCGCCAGCUACAUCAAUGCCAUUCACCCGUUUUGCGGCGACAACGAGAACCUGACUGCCUUCCGCUUCUACGCCUUGAACCCCAUCGUGGACCCGUGGGUGUUCAUCAUCUGCCGCAAGCCGGUCUUCCGACACCUGCGCUCGCUGCUGAGCUGCCGCUUUGGUCGGGGCGCCGCUGUCAAGACCCCGGCUCACUGCGCCUCCGUGCCCUUGGCCCAGGAGGUACACGUGAUCCCAUGUAAAUCUCCAGAUGUGACGCAGAGCGGCUUCUACUUGGGUUUACCCACGUCACCCAGUACAUGAUAGACUCGUGUGUGUGUGUGUGUGUGUGUGUGUGUGUGUGUGUGUGUGUGUGUGUGUGUGUGUGUGUGUGUGUGUACGAUGAAACACCAAUCGAGAAACUCUGUUCGACCUCUCCAAACCUGCACUGUUCUAGACAAGACACACUGACUCAUGAAUAGAGCUUGCGUGCCCUCUAUCGACUGAAUGUCCCUUGGAAGUUAGCAUGAAGGAGCACAUUGAUGUCACAUAGUCGUGGAGGGAUUAACAUACUGUACAAUCACCCAUUGGCCACAACAUUUGGUACUUCUGCACAGGGUAGUGACAGCUAAUGCAAAACGACUUUUGAUGGACACGUUUCAGUAUGACACAAUGCAGUUCCACAAACACAAUAGCUGCAAGCAGCAAUAACACACCCUCUUUUUCAUGUGGAAUUGUCAAAAUGAUCAUCAAACUUCGAUGCCACAAUCUGCCCACUUUACAUGGCGUAGGCUAAUAAAGUUGGUAAUUCAACGUUGCCGAUCUGCCUUAUGCCAGUACAGACAAGCCAUAGGAUUCUCCUGAAACAUUUGUCGCUAAAGAAAAUGGCCUACUUCCUGUUUAACUUUGGGUAUGGGUCCUUGAGGCUUUUUCAUGUGUCCUCUUACGAUAAACAUCCAUCAUCUAAUUUCAUGUUGAAGUAAAACUGGUGUCGGGGCAUUUAUUAUUCCGAUUCGAAAAUCCUCGAAAUGGUCGUAAAACUUUGAUGCCAUACUCCGACCACAUUAGAUGGUCAAGGUAAAAAAUGCUUGGCAAUUCAGCAUCGCCCUUCUGGCAAGGAUACCUAAAAUAAUAUGCAUGAAUGCUUACAGUGUUCUUUCACAAUGAUUCUGUCUCAACAUGACUAAAGAUGUAUCACUGACAGUUUCUUUUGCAACUCACAUCCCUUCCAGUUAGAUGGCAGAUUGGCUUAUGAAAUGACAGCACAGGGUAAAUUAAUAUUGUGCAUAUAUCAGUUAGUGGCGGCACGGUGGACGACUGGUUAUAGCGUCUGCCUCACAGUUUUGAGGACUGGGGUUCAAAUCCCGGCCCCGCCUGUGUGGAGUUUUUGCAUGUUUUCCACGCGCCUGCGUGGGUUUUCUCACAUAAGAAACUAUGUGGACAGUGAAAAGUCUAUGAAAUCUCCAAAUGGGAGCGCUUUCCCUCUCGUAUUCUGUAUGAUGUGAAAGUUUUAUUGGUGAAACAUGUACAUCGUUGGGAUUUAAAGUCUGCAAUUAUCUCUUUGUCUCCUUCACUGCAUGUAUAUUACGGUCUAAAGAGCUUCUGUUGUGUUUCCUCUAUAACAUCUGCUGCUGUACAAUGUAACUUGUUGUAACAAAUGUGUAUUUGUGCCUCUUUGCUGUUGUCACUGUGCUGUGUAUUUUGCACUUUUGAGGUUCAUCCACGCAUGACGCCCAAGCCAAGUACUUGUUACGACCUGUUUUGUGACUCCACUAGAAUCGAUGUAAGAUUUGAUUUGUAAAUGUACAUUCAAUAGCACUCUACACUUUGUUUUUUUAAUGUGAAAUUAAAUGUUACCAAAGAAAAACAAGUAUUGCGAUGCAUGCAUUUAUGCGUGAUGUGUCAAUUUUGCUGAUUUUGUGAAAUGACUCUUUUGUAAAUGUGGAUUUAGAAUCUGAUGGUACUGCAGCACAUUUUGAAGAACAAUGACAUGAAUAACUGUUUUAUGAAUUGUUAAGCCCAAUAACCUGUAGUUACAAUCUAUUUUUAAGUGUAUGGAUGAGUAUGUUCCAGGUGGAAAAGACACAAAAAAGUGCCAAACGCAUUUUUAAAUGGCUACUUAGAUGUUUAUAUACUGUAAUUUUUUAAACCAUUUUAUCCUGAAUGAUUUAUACCCCCCCCCCCUUUUUUUUAACUACAUGUACUGUAUAUCCAGUGUGUCUUUUGUCAUUUACCAAAUAAAAAUCCAC